CAGCUCUGUGUUCAAACGCAUGGACGUCCUGUUACAUACCAUGCCCAUCUUUAACCCCACAGGAACUCAAACGCUGACUGAGUUUGAUGUCAAAUGGAGACACUGGCACGAGGAGUGUGACCGCUGUCUCCAAGACAACACCUUCGCUAGCAACCGUCACCUGGAGACCAUCUGCAAGAUCCUGGUCGGUGAUGAAGACAUGAUACUGGAGCAGAAAGAGCUGCUGAGCACCUGGUAUCACUUCCUGGUCACGCGGCUGCUCUUCACUCACCCGACCAUCAAACCGCCCGAUCUGCACUACUACGCACAAUCGAGCAUGAGCAUGUUUCUGGGCCUGCGGGCGUCUCCGGAGCCUCUGGACAUCAUCCUGCUGUCGGCCUUUGAGUUUGACCUGCAUCAGGUGAUCAAAGACUGCAGCAUCGCGCUCAAUAACUGGUGGUUCGUGGCUCAUCUGACGGACCUGCUGGAUCACUGCAAACUCCUGCAGUCGCACAACCUCCAUUUUGGGUCUAAUCUGCGUGAGUUUCUGGUUUUGGAGUACGCCUCAGGUCUCUUCACACAUCACAGUCUGUGGCAGCUGGCGGUGGAUUAUUUCGAUCACUGUCCUGAGUUCGGUCGCGUGUAUCUGGAGCUGCAGAUCGAGAGAGUCCCACUCGACACUGAACGCAAAGCUAUUAAAGUCCUGCGAAUCUGUGAAGACAGACAGAUGAGUGAACAGGUGCGCAGUAUAUGUAAGAUUAUGGCUAAAAGAGCUCUGAGGAACAACAGACUGGGAUCUGCUCUGUCCUGGAGCAUCAGAGCCAAAGACGCUGCGUUCGCUACACUCAUCUCGGAGAGGUUUCUUCAGGAUUACUGUAACAAAGGCUCUUUCACAGAUCUGGAUCUGUUGGAUAAUCUGGGUCCUGCCAUGCUGCUCAGUGACAGACUGACGUUUUUAGGAAAGUACCGUGAGUUCCACAGGCUCUACGGUGAGAAUCGUUUCUCAGAGGCAGCCAAACUCCUGCUGUCCCUCAUGACGGCAAAGAUCGCCCCGCGCAGUCUGUGGAUGACGCUGCUGACCGACGCGCUGCCGCUGCUGGAGCAGAAAGAGGUGAUCUUCUCAGUGGAUCAGACGUAUGAGCUCAUGUCCUGUCUGGAGGAGCUGAACUCGGGAACCAAAGACUCAAGCCAAACAGACCAGGAUGACGAUAUCGAGUCCACGAAGACGGAGCUCCUGCGACUGGCUCUGGCCCGUAACCUCGCCAUGGCCAUCGUCAAAGAGGGAACAAUAGAAACAUAAAUUCAUCUGAUCAUCCAAUCAAUCACUUACAGCUGUUUUUCACUCUAUUUGUGUCCUGUACAUAAUUCAUAAACAUGACUUCUUUUAUAAAACUUUUUCCAGUAUUUGCAAAAAAAACGAAUUUGUCUUCCUUAUUUCUUUUGCCCUUAUAUAAAAGGUCUGAUGAGGGAAAACUUGAUUGUUCGUGCUCUUUUGAAUUAGAAUUUGAGGUACAGCAACUUAAAUGGCCU